GGUCCAGGUACUGGUGUGAAAGACUGUGGUAAAAACAGAAGCACUGAUUCAAAGUUUAGCUGCACUGAAAUAAGGGCCAGAAUUACGACGGUCCCUGAACUCAUCAGUGUGGUUUGGUUAGUGGCAUGACUCUGCUGCAGAAGAACGACUGUUGACUCUGACCUCGCUGCACUCUGCACCACAGGUCAGCGACCUCUGACAUCAGGAUUAUUGUUCCUUCCUGGGUGAUUUGCUGCUCAUUUGGACUUGAUUCGGUGUUUUCUUUCAUGGAUGCCAGUGGAGAACAGAGAGAUGAAGACAUUACCCCUCCUCUUCCUCUUCCUCCUCCUCUCCUCAGGAGCCUGUGACGACGUCAAGUACAUCUCCAAGAGGAACUCAGUGGACGGAUGCUUGGACUGGUCGGUGGACCUGAAGGAGUACCACGUCCUGGCCGGGGAACCUGUCCGGGUCAAAUGUGCCUUGUUCUACAGCUACAUCCGAACCAACUACACCAUGGCCACCAACGCCAAGCUGCGCCUCAUUUGGUACAAGAAUAAAGGAGACGCAGAGGAGCCAAUCAUCUUCUCUGGUCAUCGGCUGAGUAAAGAAGAGGACUCUAUCUGGUUCAGAUCUGCUGAGAUGGAGGACAAUGGCUUUUACACCUGUGUACUAAGGAACUCCACUUACUGCAUGAAAGUGUCGAUGUCGAUGAUCGUGGAGGAGAGCGACGAGGGAAAGUGCUUCAGCACUAACAUCCGCCACCUGGAGAAAGCGGAGAUCACCCACAGUAAGAUGGUCACCUGCCCUGACAUAGAGGACUACCUGGCUCCGUAUAAGCAGCCGCAGAUGACCUGGUACAAGGAGUGUGAACGGGUGGAGUGGAGGAGCUCCAUCGCAGUCAACACCACUCACAUCUGGAUCCCUGAGGUGGAGGAGGGCGACGGGGGAAACUACACCUGCGAGCUACAGUACGGAUCCAGACUGGUGCGACGGACCACAGAAGUCAAAGUCACAGCUCUCCAGACCACUCAGCCUCCUAAAGUCCUCUUUCCUCCAGAGAGACAGGACACGGUGAUCGAAGUCACCCCCGGUAUGCCUCUCAGCCUGGACUGUAAGGCCUUUUUCGGCUACAGUGGGGAAAACAGAAGACCCAUCAUCUACUGGAUGAAAGGAGAAAAGUUUGUUGAAGAACUAGCGGGACACAUAAAAGAGAGUGAAGUCAGGAUUCUGAGGGAGCAUCUAGGGGAGAAGGAGGUGCAGCUGUCCUUAACGUUCGAUGCUGUGGAGGAGUCGGACCUGGCCAACUACACCUGUUAUGUGGAGAACCACAUAGGGAAACGCAGCGGCAGUGCUAUCCUGCAGAAAAAAGACAUGUACCGUCUGGAGCUGGCUGGAGGUCUGGGGGUCAUUCUGCUGCUUCUGGGGGUCCUGACUGCUCUCUACAAGUGCUAUAACCUGGAGAUCAUGCUCUGCUACCGGAGACACUUUGGGAGUGAUGAGACUGAGGAUGAUAAUAAGGAGUAUGACGCCUACCUGUCCUACACCAAGGUGGACCUGGACUCUCUGGGCAGGACGAGCAGUGAAGAGGAGACGUUCGCUCUGGAGAUUCUGCCAGAUGUUCUAGAGAAACACUACGGAUACAAGCUGUUCAUCCCAGACCGAGACCUGAUCCCCAGCAGCACGUACAUCGAGGACUUGGCUCGUAGUGUGGAGCAGAGCCGACGCCUGAUCAUCAUUUUGACUCCUGAGUUUGUGGCCAGAAGAGGUUGGAGCAUCUUCCAGAUAGAGACACGCCUCCACUCCAUGCUUGUGACCGGAGAGAUCAAGGUGAUCAUGAUAGAGUGUGCAGACCUGAAGAACAUCAUGAACUAUCAGGAAGUGGAAGCACUGAAACACACAAUCAAGGUUCUAUCCAUCAUCAAGUGGAGAGGAGCUAAGAGCAACGAGCUCUCAUCCAAGUUUUGGAAACACGUGGUCUAUGAGAUGCCAGCAAAACGCAGAGAGACUCUGUCCAGACGCCAGGUAAUGGACUCUGGUGAACAGGGCCUUUUUGGGGACCUGCAGACCACCGUCUCCACCAUUGCUAUGACAACCACCUCUGCAUCCUUGGCACCCCAGAAUGAUAGUCGCCAUGGACACCAUCAGGUUACCUUGGCAACAGACAUCCCCGACUACAACCAGAUGACGCUGCCACUAGGGGGCAGUCACUCAGCACAAAUGCGGCAUUUCUGCCGGAGUUAUGAGUUCCAGCUCCCCACGCAGCCGUCCUCUCUGUCUCCGCCCCUCCCCAUCCCCUCCACCGUGCAGUUUUCCACACUGGGCCCUGGGGGGCGCCACGUCUACUGCAACAUCCCGAUGACGCUUCUGAACGGACAGGUGACUCAGAGCAGUACGCUUGGGAAGAAGCCAGAGCUCCAUCUGAACAGCACCUUCGGACCGCUCACCAGCAGAGAACUAAGCUCUGACAUCUGGUAGACGGGGCGCUCUAGACCGUCAGACUGGUUCUCACGAG